GAUUAAGAGGGUUAAUUUUUAUAAGCCACUGGUUCGAUGUAGAGUUGUGGUUCAUAGAGGUAGGUUUCAAUUUUCCGCGCUUAUAAGGCUGCAAUGUGCUUCAGACAACAGAGCUCUGCUGGGGAAACGAAUAAACUCUUGUGUGAUUGAUAGGUAGAAAAGAGUGGAGAAGAAGAAGAAGAAGAGCAUAAUGACAUUUGGGUUUCUCAGAAGAGCCCGGAAUUUAAUCGGCGUAGCGUCCACCACCGUUGCGGCGGCGUUUUUUUCUUCUAGUAUUGCGAGUUCCGGUUCCAAAAUCGCCGCCAUGGACGAUCUCCAUCUUCAGAAUCUCAGGACCAAGCUUUGCAUCAUCGGUAGUGGCCCGGCUGCCCACACCGCCGCCAUAUACGCCGCCCGGGCGGAGCUCAAGCCGAUUCUCUUUGAAGGAUGGAUGGCCAACGACAUUGCGCCAGGCGGCCAGCUCACAACCACCACCGAAGUGGAGAAUUUUCCCGGAUUCUCAAACGGCGUACUCGGAAUGGAUCUCAUGGACCGAUGUCGGAAUCAAUCUCUCCGUUUCGGAACACAGAUUUUCACCGAGACGGUUAACAAAGUCGAUUUCUCCACGAAUCCUUUCAAGAUUUUCACCGAUUCAAAAGCCGUACUCGCGGACUCUGUAAUUGUCGCCACAGGGGCUGUUGCUAAGCGUUUGUCGUUCCCAGGCUCCGGCGAUGCACCAGAAGGGUUUUGGAAUCGCGGUAUAUCGGCUUGUGCAGUGUGCGAUGGCGCCGCCCCGAUUUUCAGGGAUAAGCCAUUGGCGGUGGUCGGAGGUGGGGAUUCAGCCAUGGAGGAAGCGAUUUUCCUCACCAAGUACGGCUGCAAAGUGCACAUCAUCCAUAGACGGGACGCUUUUAGGGCAUCAAAAAUCAUGCAGCAGCGGGCACUCAGCAACCCUAAGAUCGACGUGCUUUGGAAUUCUGUGGUGGUUGAGGCCUAUAGCGACGGAGACAGAGGGGUUUUGGGAGGUUUGAAAGUUAAGAACAUUGUUAGUGGAGAGUUGUCCGAUUUGAAGGUUUCUGGGUUGUUCUUCGCAAUUGGGCAUGAACCGGCAACCAAGUUCUUGGAUGGGCAGCUUCAGCUUGAUUCCGAUGGCUACGUCGUGACGCAGCCGGGGACAACUCGAGCCAGUGUUCGUGGAGUUUUUGCAGCCGGAGACGUUCAGGACAAGAGAUAUAGACAGGCCAUUACUGCUGCUGGAACUGGAUGCAUGGCUGCUUUGGAUGCAGAACAUUACCUGCAAGAAAUUACUUCUGAAAACAGUAAACUGUAAAUUUUGAUUACUUCUUCAGUAAUUCAAAACCUAAACCCCAUCAAUCCUUCUCUCAUCCUUGAUGAAUAUGUUUACCACUUCCCAUAAUGUAUUUUUUAGAUAUUUUUU